AUGCUUCACCGAUGCGUCCGAUUGUUUUUAAAGGCGCGACCAAAGACGGUCAGCGUUGAGCCUGGUUCGAAUCGCCUUCCGGAUUCCGUUGUUUUGGCGAAGGGGAAGGAUAUAUUUGCUGUGCCGGAUUUUCCUGGGAAGCGGGUAAUGCAUAACUGGCGCUUCUUCAUCAAGGCAGGGAAGGCUGCGACAGGCCCGCCUGUAGGACAGGAGUUCUCGAAGCUUGGCCUCAAGGCAAUGGAUUUUGCCAAGGCAUUCAACGACCGCACAAAGCCACACUUCAAGGACGAUGUGGAGCUGAUUGUGCGUAUCCAAGUUUAUUUUGACAAGACCUACAUGUACUCUAUUGAACCACCACCAACGGCUUGGUUUAUUUUGCGUGCGUUGCGAAAGAAGCGUCGUGAGACUGGCCCGGUGUCUAUUCGUGGGUGUUACUGCGCGCUGAUGACACUGGAGAUGGCGUACGAGAUUGCCAAGAUGAAGCCGAAGAAUUGGGGGAAGCCGGAGUACCCGCUGCUGGAGACACGCGUGCGCCGUGUUGUGGGGCAGGCCCGGCGGAUGGGCGUCUGCUUCAUUGGCGUCGACACGCCCGGCAGCUCUCCGGUGAAGGGGAUGACGGAGCGGCAGUACGCGGAGGAGAGCGCGAAGUACCGCAAGAUCCACGCGGAGCAGUACACGGCGCUGAAGCAGCGUGAGCUGCAGGAGGCCCCGCUGAUCGAGCGGCUGCACCGCCCCAACAUGACGCCGCUCACGGAGGCGCAGAUUGAAGAGGGACUGCGUGAUGCAAAUCUAAUGCACGCGCUGUGGAAGGCCAGUCACCCGAAGAGUCCGUACCACAGGGAUCUCCAACAGCGUGAGAUGGCGCGGCGCUACCUCAAUGCGAGGGGAUGGUUGAAGGACAUGACACUGGAUGAGAUGCAGGUGGUGUUCAUGAACCACCGCCUUCCAGAUAUUGAGCGCAGUCACCAGAUGGAUGAUGGGAAAAUGGACGAGCAUGUUUACUGGUCGAGGGACAGUACUUCGCAGUGA